AUGAAGUCAUCAGCUCUCCUCGCCAUGGCAGUCUCAAUUGCCCCCCUCGCAGCUGCAUGGGAAAUCAAAUGGAACGAUGCUGAUGACAAUGACCACACUAAAUCCGGCCAUGGUCCCAGCGACUGCAUCAAGAUCGAUAACCCUAAGGGUCAUCUAUUCAAAAUCGAUGCCCAGGGCGAAACGGAUAUCAACAUGCUUCUUUUCACCAACAGUGCCUGCUCCGGUGAGGCGGCGGGCAAGGCCACGGAUGUUUUCUCCAAGGACGCUUCUAAGGAUCUUCUUGGCUUCAAGGUCGUGAGCCUUUCGUCGACGACGGGCUCGGGAAAUUCUACUACCACAACCGGAGGAUCCACGGCUACCGGCCACAAUGCUACGACGACGGGAACAACGGCGACAACGAAGACCAGCGGUUCAACUCGCGCUUCUUCUACCGGUGGUAGCACUAGCGCUGGGUCAAAGAGCACUCAGACGACAGCCGUGACAAGCGCGGCUGCGACCACGAGCUCUCAAGCCUCGAGCAGCGCUUCUUCCACGAGCUCGAGUGCGACCAGUGCCAGCACAUCAAAUGCGGCUGUUCGGGUGGCAGGUUCCAAUGCGGAUAUGGUGAAGGGAGUUCUGGGUGGUAUUGUUGGGCUGGCGGCAUGGAUAAUCUAG